AGGGGGCGUGGCUUCUCCGGCGUAGUAGCCCCCGCCGCCGCCGGCGUGAGGUGGGGCCAAGAGACGAGCCCGGAGCUCCGAGGGAGAACGAACGAGCGACGAGCGGGGUCGGCCUGGCUUGGGAGUCGCCGCUGCCGCUGCGGUCAUGUUUCCUCUCAAGCCCCCCAAGGCCACCUUCAAGUCGUACCUCUUGCCUCAGACUGAAGACAAGAUAGCACCGGAGCCUAGACUUAAAAAAUUGGAGCCAGUUCUUUUGCCAGGUGAAAUUGUGGUGAAUGAAGUGAACUUUGUGAGGAAAUGCAUUGCAACAAAUACAAGUCAGUAUGAUUUGUGGGGAAAGCUGGUUUGCAGCAACUUCAAGAUAUCCUUCAUUACAGAUGAUCCUCUGCCACUUCAGAAAUUCCAUUACAGGAACCUUCUCCUGGGAGAACAUGAUGUUGCUCUAACAUGCAUUGAGCAGAUAGUGACAGUAAAUGACACAAAGAGGAAACAGAAAGUUCUCGGCCCCAACCAAAAGCUUAAAUUUAACCCAACAGAAUUAAUAAUUUACUGCAAAGACUUUCGUAUCGUCAGAUUUCGUUUUGAUGAAGCAGGACCCGAAAGUGCAAAAAAGGUGUGCCUUGCAAUAGCUCACUAUUCCCAGCCAGCAGAUCUUCAGCUCCUCUUUGCAUUUGAAUAUGUGAGCAAGAAAUACCAUAAUCCAGCAAAAAAAGUGAAUGGAAUAGAUCCUGGAGGAGGAGGUGGUGGCAGCCAGCUGACUCCAUUGUUUGAGACCUACUCUGACUGGGAUAGAGAGAUCAAGAGAACAGGAGCAUCAGAAUGGCGUGUAUGUUCAGUGAAUGAAGGCUACAUGAUAUCUACCUGUCUUCCAGAAUACUUUGUUGUGCCAUCAUCUUUGGCAGAUCAAGAUCUCAAGCAGUACUCCUACUCCUUCACUGGAAGACGGAUGCCAAUGUGGUGCUGGAAUCACUCCAAUGGAAGCGCACUUGUGAGAAUGGCCAGCAUUAAAGACCAGUUGCAACAACGAAAAAUAGACCAACGGAUUUGCAAUGCUGUCACUAGAAGCCAUCCACAAAGAAGUGAUGUUUACAAAUCUGAUUUGGACAAGAGUCUGCCAAAUAUCCAAGAAAUCCAGGCUGCCUUUCUCAAACUCAAGCAAUUGUGUGUCAAUGAACCUUUUGAAGAAACAGAGGAGAAAUGGUUGUCUUCACUGGAUAAUUCACACUGGCUUGAGUAUGUGAGACUUUUCCUGAAGCAUUCCGCAGAGCUUGUAUACAUGUUGGACUGUAAGCAUGUCUCGGUAGUUUUACAUGAGGAAGAAGGGCGCGACCUGAGCUGCUGUGUGGCUUCGCUCGUUCAAGUGAUGCUGGAUCCCUAUUUCCGGACCAUUGCUGGUUUCCAGAGCCUGAUUCAGAAGGAGUGGGUCAUGGCAGGAUACCCCUUUCUAGAUAGGUGUAACCACCUGAAGAAAUCUGACAAAGAGUCUCCCUUAUUUUUGAUGUUCCUGGACUGUGUCUGGCAACUGCUUGAGCAAUACCCAUCGGCCUUUGAAUUUUCUGAAGCCUACUUGACGAUAUUGUACGACAGCACGCGGAUCUCGCUGUUUGGUACCUUCCUCUUCAACUCUCCACACCAGAGAGUGAAGCAAAGCACGGAAUUUGCCAUAAGCAAAAACAUCCAGCUGGGUGAUGAGAAAGGCCUCAGGUUUCCUUCUGUUUGGGAUUGGUCUCUUCAACACACUGUGAGGGAUCGUAUGCUAUUCCACAACCCCUUGUACAUUGGGAAGAGUGCGCCAUGUGUGAACAAUGGGGCUGUGAAAUACUUUAAGCGAUCAAAGAAGAACUACAGUUCAACACUCAGGGGCUUCCCGCCAUCCCUGAAGAACGGUGUUAUCAGCAAGCAAGACUUUCUUCCAAGAAGAAAUUCCCUAAUACUAAAACUGAAACCAGACUUUCUUCACAAUAUGGAUACCACCACCAAUGGCAUGGAGCAAUAUUUCAGAGAGUGGUUUUCUAAGCCACUCGACCUGCAUGCUGUAAUCCUACCCCAUCUCUCUGGAACACAAAUCAAACUCUGGAAACUCUGCUACUUCCGCUGGAUCCCUGAGGCCCAGAUCAACAGUGGUGGCUUCAUUACUGCCUUCCAUAAAAUCUCUUUAUUAGCAGAUGAAGUAGAUCUUCUGAACCGGUGUCUGAGGCAACACAGCGGUACCCCACCUUUGCUCACUAACACUUCUGAACUCGAUCAAAGCCGAAUGUACUUUAGAGCAAAUGGGCUCAAUGAUUCUUCCACAAUCCCAGAUUUCCUUUCUUCCUCUUUCCCAUUUUCUCCUGUAGGGAAUCUCUGCCGACGGAGUAUUUUGGGAACACCACUGAGCAAAUUCUUAAGUGGUGCCAAAAUCUGGUUGUCCACAGAGACACUUGCCAAUGAAGACUGAUGUCUUUAGAGACAUAGAAGGGAGACAAGGAAAGAGACUGACACAUCAUUUUUUUGCAGCACACUGCUAACCACAGCACCGGAAACUGUAAUAGCUUUAUAUACUAAGGUUACUUAUGUUUUGCACAAAGUAUUUAAAAGCAGCUGUGUCAUGCUUUCAGAUUGCACAAUUUUUAUUUUUAUUUUGGUUUUGUUUCAUUUUUCUUCAGCAGUCCAGUAACUAAGGCACAUACCAUUUGACGUUAGUCCCCCCACAAACGCACCACAAUUUAAGGUCCGAUAUGGUGAAUAAUUGUCUCAAAGCUACUAUUCCCUGCUGCUGAUUUGAAGCACAUCUCUUGUCUGCUUGGAUGAAUUAACAGAUGAAGAGAGAAAUUAGAGUCAAAAAAGUUGCUGCAUCAAAUUUGAUCACUACAAUUGGUAGAAACAUAAGAGCCAUAAAUUUUAUCAGUCACGUUUCAAAUUCAUGGCGUGAUUCAGCUGAUGGUAGGGACUUUUAAAUCCUGUUUAUUUCAAUGGUACUUUAUAAAAGCACCUUUCCCGUUGAAAUAAUUUAAAGUGUUCAUCUUGUACAGGUUGGCUAUGGGAAUGGUGGAAAGAUCUAGUUUGGUCCAUGAGCAUUUUCCCUCCCCUUUUCAUUUAGUAUCUGAAACUGCCUUUUAGUUUACAAAAUCUGCCUAUAGGACAAUGUGUGUUGUCAACAGUUGGGUGCUGACCUCACUAUCCCAGUCCCUCAACUGGGGUUUGAGAUCCAAGAGGAAGCAGCAAGAGGAUGCUCUUGCUUUAACUUAUGGUUAAGGCGUACACUGGCACCCAUGUUAGCUUGGCCUGAAGGAUUCCCCCUUCACCUAGGAUCAGCAGCUGUGGUUUCAAAGUAGGUGUCAGUUCCAUCUGCUAGUUUGAAAGGAGUCCUUAGUAGCACUAACCAUAGUUAAAGUGGAGAGAAUUAGCUGCCAAUCUCAUUACCAUAGAUUGGUGUCAUUACAGCUGCACAAACCCCAAAAUAAUGUUAGUCGAUUAUAGCCUUAAAAGUGCCUUUUUCUUGCUUUUAAAGCAAGAUUUCUCUCCAUCAUGGAAUUCAGUUACUCUAAUGUGGUAAGCUAAUAGGCUACACAUUAGUAGUAUCCAUUUCCAGAAUCUCAUUCAUACCACAAUUUAUGGACGUUUCCAAAAGCUUCUCAUCCUUCGACUUUGUGAUCCAGAAUAGAAAUCUUAAUGAGAAUACCUCUGAAGUAUAUAUUUAACUCAAUGAGUGCAGAGUAUUAGGUGGAAGAUCUUAGGCCAAAAUUAAGAUUGCUGUAAAAUGUACAUAAAAUGUCUGUACAUGUAUUUAAAUUUAAAUUUUUAAGUCAAGUUUGGUGCUCAGUGGAUGCUGAUUUUUUUUUAAUGGCCAAAACAAAAUGGCAUGUGGGGUAGUGUUGUAUGAAAGAACUAGAAAACCUUGAUAUGACAAGAGGUUUUUGGGCUUUAUUCCCAUGCUAGUAACAUCCCGGUUUACUUACUGAGUACCAUACUGUUGCUUCAUGUCAUACAUGUCAUGAAGGUGGACUAAGAUUCACAUUCAGAAGUGGUCAGCUAGUUUAUGCAGUGUCUUCAGUGCAUAGUCUUUUGUGGCAUGUGCCAACAUCCAGAAAGUGACUUGCUUUUGUGCAAAAUCAGCUCUACAGUAGAGCAUCAUGGCCCCUUUCCCCAGCUACCCCUUCCAAAGUCUCUUAGCUUUUUCACAUUCUUCCCCUGAUCCAAAGCAUGCAUGUAAAAGCCAAGUGAAAAACUGCCCUUCUGCUGCUCAAUUGUCUGGCAGGGUUUAGGGUUUGUUUAAAGCCAGGCUGCCCAGCCCAUUCAUUGAGCACCUAUAGUCUCCAACUGCAUUGGGUGUCUGUAAAAUACUGUAAACACACACACACACCCCUUAGCUUCCACUAAGUGAAAGUCAGGUAGACUAGUUUCACUGGAAAACAGGCAAUGGCUGAUCAGUAUUGGCUACCGGUCCAAGGUGCUUCUCUUCACAGGUUUAGUGUCUUGUUAGAAUGGACAAAGCUUUGUUCCCCUAGUGUUAAAUUUCAGCACAUGUCCAGUUUGUAUCCCAGUUCUCUUUGUCAUAGACUUUAUUAAGGUGACUUUAUAUUGAUUUUUACUUAAUGCCUAAUAGUCUUAAUUACAUUUCAGAUGUACCAAAUUUUGCUAAUUAACUGAAAGUUGGAUGAAUAUACUUUGCAAGAAUUACUGAGUAAGGUGUUUUAACUUUUGAGACAUGUGUCUCUUCCUUAAGUCCCUUCCUUACAGAAGUUUUUUUAAGUGCAUUUUUGUAGCCUGUGCCCUUUUUAUCCUUUUGAUGUUACUGAACUUUGCCUUUAAGAAUUGCUGCUUAUAAACUGUCCAUACCCAAUGGAUUAGAACAAAUGUCUUUAAGGCUAGAGAGUAGGCUAAGCAAGGUUUAUAUGGUUAAUUCCAGGCCAACUGUGCCUGGAUGGCUGCCCAGGUUCAUACUACUGUAAAUGAAAGAGACUGGGAAGCAUGUUUAGCAGGAGAGCCUGAACUUUGGAGAACCAGGUCUGUGAUAUCUUUAAUUGAGCAAAAUGCUGUGAGUUCUACAAUCAGAAAUCAAGGAAGUAGUGGAGUGGGGCCAGCGAGCAGUGCUUUCUGAUCUAGCCUUACACGGUCUUGUAAUCACAUAGUUAUGGUGGAGUUGUUGCCCCUCCCACUCCUGCCCCUGUCAUAUGACGACAUAUAGAACAGUCUGUGUGGUUUGACUGAAGUGGGCUGGGAGUGGCUACCCACGUUUCUUGAUGCAGUGGUACCACAGGGCAGGGUGCCUUCUGGGUAGUGAGCAGACAUUUAAACCUUCACAAAGCCCCAAGAGGUAAAUUGCAGCUUCUACCCUGAAUGCCUUUACAGCAAGUCCUUGAUUGAGGAAAUCCAGGCUCCAUUGCUUAUCUAAAGGGCUAUGAACUGCCUUACUGCCAGCCUUCAGCCAGCCCCCUCUGCUAUAUGCAAUGCCUUCACUCAGUUCAAAAGGGGGCUUGUAGGAGGAGGUGGGCACAAUCCCAAGGGAUUGUACUUUCUAAAACCAGGUACCUUUUUAGGAAUUUUUUGUAAGUGUAGAAAAGAAUAGAUGCUUAUUUUUGUAUUUCUUUCUCCCUAGCAACAAGCAAAAUGCAUUGCUAAGGCAGCUGCAAUUAUUAAAGGAUAUUUUUUGUUUAAAAAGCAGGGGGGUUGGUGUAUGGAGUUCUAAAUGGAUUAUGAUCCACGUAGAAAUCAAUGCCUUUUAGUUACUGUAGAGUGGAAGUUGACUGUUACGUAACUUAUCAUGGAAGUGCAAUUAUAUUUAACCCCUUGUGCAGGUCAUGAUCCAAAGAGACACCACUGAAAAGUGUGCGUUUCACAUUGGCAGAAGGAAUCCUGUUUCUAGAGUGGUUGCUUUUGUAGAUUCUCUUUCAGUUUAGCUGUUAGAUAUCCAAAGAAAAGGUAUACAUUAAAACCAAACCUGUUGUAAAAUGUUUUUUAAUUAAAGGCUGAUUAAAGUUGUUAAUCAUAAAAUUGACUGCAGAGGGCGAAAGAGCCCCUCCCCCCUUUUGAAAUGGAAUCUAAAGCCUUGAUGCCAAACACAAGGCCUGACUUGUGUAAAGCAGAGCUAACAGGUACACAUACAAGGAAAACCCCAACCUGUCAAUGUUGUGAAUAUGAAGUAAAUCAGACUUAAUUAAAAACAACAAACCUUUCAGUGUAUUCUUUGUUGGUGUGGAACUUGUGACUUUUUAAGUAUUGUGUGCAUUUAUUUACUUAGUACAGUUACCAUCCAUAUGUACCUGACUAAUGGGACAUAUCUAUGUGAGAACAAGAUUCAAAUAUGUUCAAUGCAUUCAAAGAACAUUUAAGAGGAUACUCUUGUGGCCUUUUUGCAACAAAUUUAUGAAGUGUCACUUCAGCUUAAACAUUCCCUACAUCCACCAGGAUAAAGUCCAGUAGUGUUUUUCCGGGGGGGGGGGGGUAUUGGCAGCCAAGCCUCCGUAAAUUGGCAGUAGCUCUCAGCUCUGCCCCUGUCACUUGCUUGUCUUUGCAAGAACAGGAAAAAGACUAAGCGCCAGCAGAGGGAAGGAACAAACUUUCUUACAAAGUCUUGAAAAGUAGGGGGGGGGACCUUGAGGACUGUUUUCAGUCACAUGCUUGAGUAUGGAGGGAAAGCUUCUGAAGUAGGGAUUUACCUGUUUCCGGUUUCUGCACUUCAGAAUUCCCUUGCUGUAGUCUAGAACUUAACCCUAGUUCACCAAUUCUGCAGAUGACCAAACUGGGAGGGGUAGCUAGUGCCAAAGAAGACAGAAUCAGAAUUCAAAAUUACCACAGCCUUACUUGAGUUAGAUUGGAGAACAGAGACCAUACUAACAAAAUUAAUUUCAAUUGGGACAAAUGUCAGCUUUUAGGCAGGAAUAAUCAGCUGCAAAAAUAUAAGAUGAGAGACACCUGGCUUGCCAGUAGUACAUGUGAAAAGAAUCUAGGGGUCUUGGUGGACCACAAGGUAAACAUGAGCUUACAGUGUGAUGCAGCAAAAAAAGCUAAUACUAUUCAAGGCUGCAUCAACAGAAUUCUGGUGUCCAAAUCAGGGCACUCUCUUCUGCUUUGGUCAGACCACACCUGCAGUCCUGUGUUCAAUUCUGGGCACCGCAAUUUAAGGAGGAUAUUGACAAGCUGGAACGUGUGCAGAGGAGGGAGACAAAGAUGAUCAAGGGUCUGGAAACUAAGCCUUAUGAGAAACGCUUGAAGGAGCUGGAUACGUUUAACCUAGAAAAGAGGAGACAGGAGAUAAGAUAGCCAUCUUCAAGUAUCUAAAGAGCUGCCACAUGGAAGAGGGAGCAAGCUUUAAGUCAGUGUUUCUCAAACUUUUUUGGGCCACGGCACACUUGUUCCGUGGAAAAAAAUCACGAGGCACACCACCAUUAAAAAAAGUUUAAAAAUUUAACUCUGUGCUGCCCUAUAUUGACUAUAAUUAUGACUGUAAGAAACACUUGCCAAUUGCUGUGUUGGUUGCAAUCUCCUGUAAUAAGGCUUCACAAGCCGUUCGGCGGGUCAGUGCUGUGUAUUGGCGGCCGCCAGGCUCGUUUGCACUGAGCUUUGGGAAAGAGGAGGAGAAAUAUUGCUUUCCGGCGGGUCAGUGGUGUUUAUUGGCGGCCGCCAGGCACGUGACAAUGCAAAUCGCCCUUCUCGUCGCCGCACGUCGUGGCACACCAGCCAGCGUCUCGCGGCACACUAGUGUGCCGCGGAACAGCGGUUGAGAAACGCUGCUUUAAGUUACAAGACAAGGAGCCUCGGACUAAACAUUAGGAAGAACACUCUGGUGGUAAUACGAGCUGUUUGACAGUGGAACGGACCCCCUCCAGAGGUUGUGGGCUCUCCUGCCGUGGAGGUUUUUAAGCAGAGGUUGGAUGGCUAUCUGGGAUGCUUUACCUGAGAUUCCUGCAUUGCAGGGGGGUUGACUAGAUGACCCUUGGAACCCUUCCAACUCUACAAUUCUAUGAUUCUAGUUUAAAAUACCCAAAAGCUACAUGUGUUAAAACACUGCAAUGACAAAAACCUCUUAAAAGCCUCUCUGCUAAAUAAGAGGACAUUUUUUUGCUUUUUAAAUAAGGCUUGCAUUAGUUUAACAGUUUUUGUUUAAGAUGGGCUGUCAGAGGUUGUUGUUGCGACUACUCUACAGUAACGACGUUCCACAUUCUUGUCUUUAGACAGUUUUAUUUAGUGCAGUCUAUUUACAGUGAAAUGAGUGUGUAGAACAUGUCUGCUCAGUCUG